UAACAAAUGUUUGCUUUGUAUGUUAUGAUGUCUUUUUAUUAUGAAAUGCAUAACUACUAAGCAAUAUAUUUUAUUACUAUCGUAAGAUUGACUGUUAAUUAAUUGUUAUUAUUGCCAUGGAUACAUAUUUAAAAUUAAAAACAUUUGUAACCUCUACGGCUCUAGCUGUCGGUUUCGCCGGUGCCACUUUGUUGAUAUUAAAAUAUAAACUGAGAAAAAGAAAUGCAGUCGAUGCUCUUAACUACUUAAUAAUUAGAAACGUGAUCACAGAAGAGUGCUGCGAUGAAGUUAUAAAUGAAUUACGCAGGAGAAUAAGACUCCAUAAAGCUGUCGGUUUUGAUUGUGAAUGGGUUACAAAUCAGGGCAGAAGACAACCUGUUGCUUUGGUUCAGCUCUCUUCUUAUGAUGGUUAUUGUGGUUUGUUCAGACUUAGCCACUUAAAGACUAUACCCAACUCUUUAAAGGAGCUUUUAGAAGACGAGAACAUAUUCAAAGUAGGUGUGGCACCAUUUGAUGAUGCUAAAUAUUUAUUAAGUGAUUAUUCAGUAUCAUUAAAGUCCACUUUGGAUCUACGGCACAUUGUAGAACUUGCCGGCCAUACUUCAGGUGGUUUAGCUUUCUUGGCUCAAUCUGAACUCAACAUUAUUUUAGACAAGAGUUGGAGGGUGCGUUGCAGUAACUGGGAAGUUGAUGAGUUAACACAAACACAAAUUAACUACGCAGCAGCUGAUGCUCAUGUCUCUAUUAAGAUCUUUGUUUACCUUAUAAAUAAGAAGUAUGGCUCAAUAUGGAGUUGGUUGAACCUUUCAAAUGAUAAUAAAGUUUGGAACAAUAUCAAUAAUAUUUGCUGGAAGUAUGCUGAUAUUGGUUUUAAAAAUAAACACACAUCUAAAUUGGGCAGUGAAAUGAAAAAAGAUAAGGAAGGUAAAUUAACGAAAGACUCUGUAGUAAGCAAACGAUAUCCGCACGCGACGCGGUCCAAGCCGCUGUACCACAAUUGUUUCUUAGUGGCACCAGAUGGAGAGUUGUUAUGCACUUGUGACACCAAAAAGGCUGAAUGGUACGUAGAUAAAGGAUUGGCAGAUGUGGUGAACGAGAAUCCGCUCACAGUACGUCUGCGUUUCGAGCCUUCGGGCCGUUCUGUGGGAGAGGUUGGCCGAUACUACCAACUUACUAAAGAAAACAAAUGCGUUGUUUGCGGCGGCGAUAACUCUUAUAUACGAAAAAAUGUCGUGCCCAGAGAAUACAGAAAAUAUUUUCCAGAAAUAAUGAAAGACCAUUCAUCGCACGAUGUGGUGCUGCUGUGCACGGGCUGCCACCAGCGCAGCAACAUGCGCGACCAGGCGGUGCGCGAGCGGCUCGCCGAGCAGUGCGGCGCGCCGCUCGCCGCGCACACCGACAACAAAUUCAAGGAGGACGCCGACUGCAAAAAAAUUCGUUCAGCCGCUCGCGCUCUGCUUUAUCAGUCGAGGAAGCAUGUUCUGCCAGAGGAGAGGAGGAACGAGCUGGAACAAAUUAUAUUACGUAACUUCCCCCAACAUGAACAAAUCACAGAGGAACUUCUGAAAAAGGUGGCGGACAUGCAAGUUGUGUUUGAGAAUAUAGACUACGAGUCGCACGGACAUAAAGUGGUGGAAUACUUCAUGAAGCAUGAGGGUCUGCUGCAGCUGGAGCGGCUUUGGCGGCAGCACUUCCUCACCUCCAUGCGACCGCGACACAUGCCGCAGCUCUGGUCGCUAGAUCACAACGAGCAGAGGUUAAAAAUACGGUUAGAAGAAGGUCGUCUUUCUGAUGAAGACGCAAAGCUGAUAGGACUUUAAAUGCUGUGAAUCAAGCUGACAUUAGUGACGACACAGUCAGGAACUGCGCAGUUGUAGUUAGCUGCUAGACUUCAAGCGGACGGAUCUAAGUUGGAGGAAAUGUUUAGUUACGUUUUGAUAUUUUUAGGGCUUCGCCUCGGUUUCGUGGCUGAAAGAGAGAGGCAAAGGGAACAUCAAGCUGGUCUCAGCAUCCCGCGGCGGUGACGCGGCGUAAACGUGA